CUGCAAUUACGCGUACGACGAUUAUUGAUAUUCGACUCACUCUAUUCUCGCUCGAAUGUUGCGAUCGUAUUAAAUGUACAGGUAGCUUCGAAGCAUUUGGGGGCUGCAACGUCUGCUUCGUGCUUCAUUCCUUCCUGGACCAUCAAGAUGCCUCACAAGCGACGAAAGUUUUCAGACCGUCAGGCAACGCGGGAGUUUGCCGGUAAUGACUUUGCUCCCUCAAGUGGAUUUGACAUCAGCAAGGAGGCUCUACCGAAGGGGAAAAUGAACAUUCUCAAUGCAGGCAAGAUCCAGGCUGCUUACCGUGAGCGGCGAAAGCAAUCAGAGCAAGGUGCUAGUCAGAAGAAAGGCGAAGCCUCAUCUGAUCCACAGCCAUCAAAUCGAUUGAGCGCUUCAGGAAAAUCCAAGGGAAAAGCAGCUGCCGUCGCUGACGAAAAAGAGGACCCGACCAGGAUGCGUAUCCGCGAAGGAGAAAGGUUGCGCGACUUUAAUGCACGUGUGGAACAAGCCUUUGCAUCAACCAUCAGCGCAGCAGCACGCAGCGCCUCGAAGCAUGCCCAAAAUCAGAAGAAGCGCAAGCGGCGAAAAGAAGGUGGGGACGGAGGCAGUGACGAGGACAGCAAUGCCGGCGAUACCGAUGGUGCGCGGCAGAAGCGGAAGGAGAAUGCACAGCAGGCCGAGGCGCGAGAGAAGCGUGAACGCGACGAGCUCCGCGCUCAAAGAGAGUCAAUACGCCAUGACGGUGAAGACCGUGAGUUUGCGACAUUAUCGCAGCGCAAGAGCGUCCGGGACGUCGUUAUGGCGCCGCCGACUCUCAAAGCCGGCAAAUUCAGCAAGGCCUCUGCUGGCGCCUCCGCAGACCGACCCGGGAAGAGGAUUGGCGCGGAUAUGAAACAGGAGCAGUCCAAGAGAGCUCAGGAGCGCAUGCUUGCAGAGGAGCGGGAACGUGUUAUUCAGACGUACCGCAAGAAGAAGGACGACGAGCAAAAGCAACGGCUCGGCAUGAAGCCAUAAGCCUUUACCGGGUUUUUUUUUGUUUUGCUUUGGAUUUGUUUUUCGUUGAAUACCAUUGAGGCUCCCUCCCACCGUACAAAGCAGCAAAGCUUGACCUUUAUCUUGUCAUG